ACUGUCUCGUGGGACCGUGCGUCAAGUCUAUACGUUUAGUCGGUUUUUAACGGAUUUUGAAGGCUUCUUUCUUUCCCCCACAAAACUGACUAACGUCUGCAGAAUAAAGGCUGUGUAACUGCAGGACAUAAAUAAUGGAGACGGCAGAAGCAUCCCCAAGGGUCUGAUGUGUAGCAGACACCAUGCACCAACUGUUUGGCCUGGUGCUGGGCAAGAGGGACCUGUCCCGGGCUGGAGACCUCUUCUCCCUGGAGGACUCUGAGAUAGAGGACUGUCUCUCACAGGCCCUGGAGGAAAUCAAGGCUAUCUCCUGCUCUCCUGACUACCUGACCAAUGACAAUGACCAGGCUGUGGUGGAGAUCUGCAUCACGCGUAUCACCACGGCGAUCAGGGAGACACGGUCCAUCGAGCGCCAUGGUGGGGCACUAGUGGGUCUGUGGGAGUCCUGUCUGGAACACAACCUCACCCCCCAGGGUAAAGACGAAGACACACCCCAUGCCAAGAUAGCCUCUGACAUCACCAGCUGUAUUCUGCAGAACUACAGUCGUUUCCCCCAGUGAUGCUUAGCAGUGCCGGUGGCAGUGAGGUUUCUCAGGCGGCAACAGAGAGUCAGUAGAAACAUGUCCAGUUAUCUCUCUCUGGCUGCCAUGGCUAAGGCUGAACUACUGGCAGAACCACAGAGCUAUCACUUGCAGACGUGCUGGAGGCACCUGACUGUGGUCCGAGCUGAGGGAUCACUCUUAAGUGGCCCUCAGAUCAUGUUGGUUUAG